AUGUCGGAAUCUGUUUUAGGCUCUUCAGCUCGUCAACGCUUAGAAUCAUUUCUUUUACUUUCCAAGUCUGCCAAGGGCAGCGCAUGUGUACAACUGAUCAAAGAUGCUUUAGGAGCUCCAGGUGUUUAUGUAUUUGCAGAACUGUUAGACAUGCCAAAUAUAGCAAAGCUUCGAAACAAUGAACAAUACCAACCCUAUCACACAUUGUUAAGGCUUUUCUCAUAUGGAACUUAUAAAGAUUACAAAGAUAAUGUUGAAACAUUACCACCAUUGGAUGAUGCACAAUUAAACAAACUUAAACAUCUGUCAAUUGUAUCUUUAUCCGAAGAAGCACAAACAAUUCCAUAUGAUACAUUAUUAAAAUACUUUGAUAUACCUAAUGUUCGAGAACUCGAGGAUUUGAUUAUCGAUGCAAUAUAUCAAGAUGUUAUUAAAGGUAAAUUAGAUCAGAAAAGAAAGCAACUUGAGGUUGAGUAUACAAUGGGAAGAGACUUACGCCCAGGGCAAAUAGAUCAUAUGUUACAAGUUUUAAAUGCCUGGUCUCACACAUCCGAAGAAAUUCUAAAAUCAAUUGAUGCAAAAAUUAUUAAAAUUCCAUGGAAUAUCAUGAUGAAAAUUUUAAAGGUGGUAGAACAGGAAAAAGAUGGUAGAACUUAG